AUGGACGAAGAAUCAUAUAACCCCGAAGUACUCCAUGAGGACGAUGACGACCAUACAGUUGAACCGAAUGGUGUAUCAGGAGACGUAAUUACCGUGGACCAAGAGUACGCCGAUGCAACUGGGGUAUUUCAAGAAAAUCUGAACGUGCUGCAAAACCUGAAUCUACAACCCCACCCGGGCGACCCUCUCGAGGAAUACCUUAAUAUCUCAAAAACCUUGUCGUCUUGGAUGACCACCAAGCUGUCAAACUUCCCCGAUAUUCCACCGAAAUCCACAAACCCAAUAGACCUCGACUCCGUAAAUUCCUCCAAUGAAUCUUUGAGCAUGAUAGAGGUGGAAAUAAUAAACCGACAGCCCGAUUAUUAUCAGUUAAAUGGUCUCUUGUCAGAAACAACCAUCGAUCUCCCCUCAAUAAAAGAUCAUUCAACGGCCAUAGAAAAAUUAUGGCUGACCUUUUUGGACUUGGUGAAGUUGGGAAAGCUCAGGUGUCAGGAGUUGAAAUGGGUGGCCGAGCUGAGAGCGAAGGUGGAUGGUAUUGAUGUUGAGGUUAAAAAGGUGGAGGCUAUGUUGGAUGGUGUCGAGGAAUCAAGAAAGAAAACUCACGAUGACGGUGUCAACACGACCGCCGCUUCCGCGGUGAAUACCUCCAGCAGCGGUGUUCCAUCAGUCAGCAAUAGUGGUAACGUCGACUCUUUGAGUGAUGUAGCCGUCACCGGUAUCGUUUUCUCAUCUUCUCUGUUGGACGAGUGGUAUACCAAGGUUGUUGCCGUGGAAGAAUCGGUGCACGAACUGGAAGCAAAGGUGAAAGAGGUCACCCAACUUCGUCAACAUGAUCGAUUUAGUCCUCCCAGUGAUUUGGUCAAUCACAUUCAACUCAUAAUCACCUCCGAUGUGCCCGAUUUGAGGAACCGAAUUAACGUCACCAAACAAACUCUGGCCCACGAUCGUCGUAUUGGAAGGUGGUUUGACGGUUCAAAUGAAGCUGACAAGGUGAUCGCGGACACUCUGAGUGAGUUGAAGAAAUUCGAAGUUCCCGAUUUCGUCAACAAGUAUGAUUGGUCGGAAGAGGAAAAGAACAUAGACCUUCUCGUAAAAGAACGAAUGGAUGCCAUCAAAAAAAUUGUUCAAUACGUGCAAGAAUUCAAAACCGAAAAAAUAGAUGAUCUCGAAAAAAAAUCAAUGGAAAUAAUAUCCGCCAUCAAGGAUUCCGUUGACAGGGAAGACCAGACGGCCGUGGAAUUAAUGACAAAACAACUAAAAAAUCUCAACGAACGACUCACACGACUAACCGAUUUCAUCAGUCUUCUUUUGUCGCAAACGACUGCCGAGCGUUAUUCUAUCGUCAUAAACCUUUUAAGUUCGAUGCAAGGUAUGCGCAAUGAGAUGGCUCAGAUAAGAAAGACUAUAAUUGAGCAUAACGACGCCGGUUUGGUUCACGGCGAUAUUCAAGAUUUGGAAUCCAAGAUCACCGAAUUCACCGAUAAAUUGUUGACGGACGACUCCGCGCUCUCAAAAGCUUUGAGACAGAAGCACGCGAAACUAUUACUCACCAUCCAAAACAUUCGUAUCGCUCUGGCCGAAAAUAAACUUCAGAUGGCCGCCUAUCUGAGUCCAUCCAGUCCGACUUCUCCGUCUUCCGCCGAUUUCGAGUUCGAUCGCCUGCAGAUCACCGUGCAAGGUAAACUAGACUACUUCCACUCCUUGCUUGCCUCCCCUCCUAUUUACAUGAUCGACACCGAUUCCGAAACUGACGAACCCGAACGCGUGCACGGUCUGACCUGCAAUGAUGAUCACGUCGCGGAAUUCACCGAACGUUAUAAAUCCAUCGAAUCGGAACUGACCGCUUUCGAGAGGAGUCUGUGGGUGGAAUUUUGGUUGAAAAGCGAGCCCGCCAAGAAAUCUCGUGGUGAAGAGGUGGCUGAAAAGAUAAAAGAGAUGGAGUCGAAAUUUGCUUCCAUCAAGGAUCUAAUCGAAGAAAGAAAACGAGAUCUUCAGGUGAUAAAGGAAGGAAGGGAGUUCGCGAAGUCCGUUCAUUCAAUUCGGGAUCAACUCGACAACGUCAAAGGUGAAAUGAGAAGAGGCAACACCACCACCGAUGCUUCAAUUCAUAAGUUGGACGAUCACAUGGUGGAAGCACAAAAAUUGAUCGACGACGUCAAAGCUUCUUAUGCUCAUCUGAUAUCUCCCGAGGCAAGCGACCAAAGAUUUAGGGAAUUCUUCGACAAACAAAUCGAGCAGUUUACGCGCGUUCAGGCCUGGAUAAACGAGGUUCGCGUUUGGUUCAAGGAGGCCGAACGCAUACGUGUUUGGAUUGACGAGCGCAUCAAUAUCCUGGACAACGUUCCACAGAUAGAUGUCUACCAGGAGGGUGAAGCCCCCGCGACUCAAGAACAAGUUGACGAAUGGCAGAAGGAGUACGAGGCGCUGGAGAGAGAAACUGAAAAAUUUGACUCCGAAGAUAUGACGCGUCUAAGAGCUCACGUGAAAAAUAUAAUGGGCGCAGACAUGACUGCUUCAGAUUCCAUGUCUCCGGCUGAUGCAAUGACCAUCUCAAUCACUCUACGAACAUUAACUAUUUUAGAUCAAUUGAUAGGAAUGUUGAAACACCGUGAAAACGAAUUGGAGGUGUUGGCUUUACGCGUGCAUUGGGAACGUGAAUUCGGAAAUGCGAUGAACAUCUGGCAUCGGAUAAAGGACGAAAUUAAAUCUUUUGUUCUCAGUCAAGGUAGAUGGAAACCUCCGGUCUCGGCCAGAGACGAUGGAUGGUUUGUAAACGCCACACAGCCUAGUCAGCGUGAUGUCACACUCGAAGCACAAUCCAUCGAAAAGAAUAUAUCCGACUUUGAGAACGACGUGAUUCCACCAACUGGUGACAUAUUUUUUGAGUUGACCGAGGUCUCGCAGGUUGAAGUUCCCGAUUAUUUGAUCGAAAGGCAGGUGAAUCUCGAAGAAGGGGAUCUGAAAGAAUUGAAAUCUUACAUGGCCUUCGCAAAAGACGUGCUAACGCAACGACAGCAAGCUUUAGCCUACGCUGAUGAUUCCGAAUAUGCUUACGCCGAUGGUAAGAAACUACGAGAUGAAUUGGUGAUCGAAGAAUCUAAUCCACGAGGUGGAUCGGUUGAAAAGAAAUUUAUCGCUCGUGUCAUCGAGUUGAACCAGCGUGUCGAAAGAUCGUGGAGUUCCAUGACCUCUUUAAUAAACUAUCCCGAACAUCCCGAUCACGAAUCGUCGGAAAAUGACACCGUUCGCGAAGGCGUGACCGUCUAUCACAAGAAGUUGGAGGUCCUGCUUCAAGAGACCAAUGAAGCUCUGGAGAAUUACAAACGUGCCCUGAGAUUCGUGGAGAUGGCAAACGAGUACAAGAGUGAGGCUGCUCGCCUGGAAGAUUGGAUUGCCAAGAAAGACAAGUUUGUGGUCAAUCGUAAAUUUGAUGUUUUCCGCGAACCAUGCAAAUUCACCGCCAAAGAUGUUGAGAGCUAUGUUGCCGAGAAUUCUCAGGUGGUCAUGGACGUGCAUAACUUUGACCAAGAGGAACUCAAGGUUCUUCGCGAAAAGGUUGCCGCCCUCGUGGCUGACGUGAAAGCAGUGGGAACAAAAUGCGUCAACACCGACGAGUUGGAUGACAUGAUGAAAAACCUUGAUAAGAAACUCGACGGACUUCGAGAUAACAUUCAGAUUCUACGAUCACGCGAACCUGACGAGGUGGAUGCUGCUCAGAAACGUCUUACCUGGGAGGAUUCAUACAGGACCUCCAGCGAUUUCAUUAAAUCUUCUUUGAAGGAAAUAAAAGGUUUCAUGGCAGACAAGGCCUCAUGGAAAAUAAAAACUCCCGAAGACGUGGAUGUGCAUCAAGCUCUUUCCCUCGAGUGUGCAACCUUCGAGGAAAAUGUUAAAAAGUUUGCGUCCGACACCAUUCCCACCAACAAAUCGAAUUACGACGCGUUCAUCGAAGCCAGUGAAAAGUUGUCCGACCGGGAACGCAGGACUCCAAUUGAAGACCGUCAAUCCAAACUUGAAAUCGACCUGGCUAAGCUUAAUGAUCAUGUCUCUUUCGCUCGUGAACUCUUGCUUCAACGUGCUGCGGCGGUAGAAUAUCAUGCGGAGGCCACGAACCUGGAUAAAAUCUCACAUGAAAUUAGGAAUAACUUGAUCCAUGCCGAGAAAAAUGUUUCCUCGGGUCCAAGUGAAAUUGACUUUGAGACAAAGAUUACGGAAUUCAACCAGGCCGUCGACACCUUAUGGGACGAACGCGGAUCCAAGAUCCCAUACCCAACCAGUCCUAUCAUGGAUGAAGUGAAGAUAACGAAAAACAAUCUGAUCGAAGAAUCCGCGAAGAAACGCCUUUCAACUUUGCGAUCUGCGGGAGAUGAGUUGGAAAAAUUGUACGAGACUUAUCAAUCCUCGCUCGCUCUUCAAAAACGCUCUAACGAGUGCCUAGAGAACGCAUCACGUUUGCAAGACUGGAUAGCGGAUCGAUUAAGGAAUCUCAAUGGUCGUAAAGUCGAUCCCCUUGCUCAAGAGUGCACGUAUGAUGAAUCACAAGUUCUGAAAAUGCAUGAAGAACACGAACAAUUCAAACAAGAGAAUACGCGAGUUGAUGUAGAGGAGAUUGGUCAGGCCCGUCGUGAUCUUGAGUUGUUGCUCGAAGAUAUUAAGAAGGCAAAUUGUAAAAGCGUUGGCAAGAAACCAAUUCGCGAAGCUCUGGACAAUCUUGACAAGAACUUUGGUGAUCUACAAAAAUUGUCAUCCCUGCAUCAACUUGAUCUCAAUGUGUUGCAAGCUCGCGCAAAAUGGGAAGAUCAAUAUGGUCCGAGUACCUCCGCCCUUGUCGACUUGGAGAAUCAAGUAAACGAUUUUAUCGCGAGCAAAGCGAGAUGGACCAAAGAAAGUGCACAUCCCGAAACCGACCUACAAGAGGAAUUUGCUGAUUUGAAACAAAAAGUUUCCGAAUUUGAGGGCAAACCGUUAUCUGCAAUCAAAAAAUCGUACAACGAAAUGGCCGACUCAAUGAAAUCCUAUCUCUCAACGCAUCCCCCUCCGCAACAUAUUAUCGACCGCCAACUUGACCUCAACAAGAAAUUCGACAACCUCGUUGGACGUACAGAUCUAGGCAAACAGGUAUUGGAACAACGUGACGCAAUAAAUGCCUACCUUAGUCAAGCCGACACUGUAGAAGAGGAAGGGAACACACUGAAGGCCCUGCUGAAAUCUGCUGAACAGAAAGGUGAAGCUGACCCCGGUUUUAAGGAAAAACUCGCCACCUUUGGCGAACAUCUGAACAACUUGAAGAAUGAUUUUGCCGCGAGAAUCCCUUAUCCCACAGAUGCACUGCCUGAAGAGGACGUAAACGCACCGAUAAAACAGGUUGUAGACUCCCGUUUACGGGAGAUCGAUUCACUAUCGAAGGAGCUGGAGAACUUGCUAGCCUCAUAUAAAGAAACGAUGAAACUUUCGGAAGAGCUUGACAACGCCUGUUCUGAUGCGAAAAAACUUGAAGAUGAGUUUGACCAUUUUAUUUUCAAAAAAGCUUGGUGGCAAGCGCAAGAAUCUCCCGUUGCCGAGAGUGCUAUAGACCCUGUAAUCAAAGAACUAUCUGACGAAUUGAAAAUUAUUAACAAGAAGAUCGCGGACUUUGAGAGCACGAAGCUUAGAUCUGCGAACGGUAAAUUUGACGAAUAUCGAAACGCGACGAAUGCGAGCGGAAAACCUGUUCCAGAACAUGUUGAGAAUAAGCAUAAGCUGGUGAACGAAUUGCUGCAAGGGUUGAGAUCAGUGGAAGGUUGUGCAAAGGAGGUCAUCGAACAAAGAGAAUGUAUCAUGCAAUAUAUGUCCAAAGGCGCCAAUAUGGAAAAUGAGGCGCAAAAGAUUCAACAGGUCCUAUUAACCAACGAACCGAGUUCGCCCGGAGGAGAAGGAAACACCGUUUCUACGGCGGUCAACAGCUUUUUGGGUAGAGUCGAAGAUUUGUGGAACGAAGUUGCGUCGCGAAUCACGUAUCCCACAUGUUCAGUACAAGGUGAUCGAGACCGAACCGGUCGCGCGGAGGAUUGUAAUUCGAUGGUUCGCGAGGCAGUUGAGGCACAAGAUAAUUCUCUCAAGUCAUUGGCAAUUAGCCUGAACGAUCUCCUAUCCACGCAUCAAAAUGUAUUGCGCCGCAAGAAGAUGAUUGAAUCUUACAUGAAUCAGGCUGAUAAAGUCGCCGCAUGGAUUCAACCAAGAAUGGACAUGUUGAAGAGCAUCCUCGAAGACGAUACCCUGGGGGAUCUGUCAGAAGAUCGGUUGCGUGAAAAACUCAUUAGCGAAGUUGAAGCGGUCGAAGCUGCGCGACAAUCAUUCCAUAACACAUUUGAUUUUGCCAAAAAUUUAUCCAACAAAUUAAUCGAAGAUAUGACCGAAGAGGUCAAAAAAGGUGGCGAUGAUAUCGAUGACAUCAAGGCCGAUCUUGAACAAGUUCUCUCUCGUUCGCGAGAAAUUGAUGAUCUGUGGAACGAAUUACAAGUCAAUGUUCCAAAUGCAAAACAAAGAAUAGAUCAGGCACUGCAGGUCGUAGAUUUCAAAGGAAAGGUCAAAGGAGUUUUCGAAAAGAUAGAAGAUUUAUCCAAUACGAUUUCAAAUAAACCGGUAGAAGAUAUAUCCGAUGCUGACAUGAAAGACUGGAAGAUCAAGUUGAACUCGCUCGAACAGACAGAUCUCUUCACUCUAAUUAAACUUCACGAUGUGGUUCAGGGAAAUCUGAGAGAAAACUUUAGUGCAUUUAGCGACAAGGAAUCCAAGAAACUUGAAGAACUUUUGAGUCAAGUCGCCAAUGCUAUAGGAGCCUUGAAACAAUCCAUGAGCAAGAGAAUUGAUGAAGUAGAAGCCUAUCGAUCCGCAGAGAUUUCCAAAGCCUUUAUGAAUCGUGUAAUGGACCUACAGCGGUGGAUUGAUUCAUCGAUUUUGUCCUUCCAGAAUGCCAAACAGAAUCACGGAAUAAUGGUGGAGAAUUCCAGCGAUCUAAACACCAAGAAUUUUCAUAACCUGAAAGAAACUUUUGAAAUCUUCAACAGCCAACUACCCGACCGGAGGGACGAACUAGAAAGCAUUCGCUCGGAAUUCAACGAUAUAAGAUCAAAGGAAAGCGUUCUGGAAUUGGAUGAUAUAAUUAAUUGGCAGUCUUACCUUGAAGCUUCAUGGGAAAAACUUGAGGCGUCCGCUGAUUCCCUUAAAGAAUUCAACGAAAAAGUUGCGCAAUGGUAUGAUCAACACGAGGCCAUAUAUCGUAUCGAAAAUGAGAUAUUUGAUGGAUUAGAGUCUCGCAUUAAGUCAUUGUUGAACGUGGGCUUUGAUAAGUUGGAAGUAGAGGUUAAGGAGUUGGAUGAAAGCAUCAAAACAGCUUCCGCAAGACUCAACGAAAUCAAGAUCGCGGUCGAUCAAAUUUAUGACACUCCGGGAGACGACAUUGAUGGAUCCAAUAGACGGAACUUUGAUAUUCAUUUCAAUGAAGCGGUCGGAAGACUUGGGUCAUUGGAUUCGUCAUUCAAAAAGGCCCUUCAAGAAGCGUACAAUGCUUCACAGGUGGCGGCAUUUCACGCGGUUGCGAAUAAAAUCAUCAGCUCCUGUCGCGAAGGAGCGGCCGUUGUCGAGAAUAGGCAUGACGAACUUGAUCGUAGCGGUUAUUAUGCUCUAGAGGUGGAUCCACUUGAGACCAUUCUCCGAGGCGCCAUUGACGGGUACACACAGAGCGAGGAGAAUUUGAGAAAAUAUGAUCAACAGGUUCACGUCGACCUGAAGCAAGAGAGGGAUAAGUUGAUUGAGCAGAAUCCGGAAACCAACAGAGACCGUGUGUCAAACAUCUUCGAUAAGGUUACCACAGCCCUAGAACAAUUUUCUGAUGCUGUCGCGCUCGAACGUCGCGAGCUUGAACUUGUGCGCAGAAUUUAUGCACAUGCCAAGGCAGCCCAAGACAUCCAAAAUUGGAUAUCAUCAUGUAAAAGGGCGGUACUGAAUAUUCAAGUUGACGCGCUCGAUCAGGAGGAUGAUAUAUGCGAUUUGGAAGAAAAGGUCGCCAGUUUCCAGAACACCAUCAAUGCAUUCAAGGACAUGAGCGACCGAGUUCUCAUGCCGGAAGCGGAUAGCGCUGGCAUUACUGACCCUCAACCAGAAGAGUCCAAUCCUAUGAUAAAAGAGUCAGUCCAAGCUCGGUCCUAUCACGUGAUAGAUGAUUGGAACGGACUUAAGGAAUUAUUAAAUCAUUUGCGAAUAAGCCUCGACGCGUCAAAGGAAAAACAAGAAAUUCUACGCACAAUAAAGGACAUACAAAAUGCCAUCGAGCAAGUUAAAGAAAGAGUAUUAAACAUCGAAUCCUUCAUAACCGGCGAAGGUGUACCCGGACUGCCAACGAUGGAUGAUGUGAACAAUGGGGAAAGGGAACUCGAUGAAAUUCAGGCCGAAGUUGAUCACAUACUUGCACCCAGAAUCGAUGAUUUGGAUGAUAUGCUAAGUAACUUGACAGAUCGCGAUGCCAGCUAUAUCCAACAACGAGCCGUGAUCGCAAAAUUAUUGACUAGCCUUGCGGAUAGCAUCGAAAAUAAGAGAUCUCAACUCAAAGAGGCACAAAAAUUGGCAAGAUUUGGUACCAAGGCAGACGAGAUGAGUGCAUUAAUGAGAUCAUUGCUCGAAGUGGUUGAUAUUGCGACCUCAACCACGGACACGCCGCUUGAAUUCUUGCCUGUUAUCGAAUUGCAGUCACGUUCAAUCGAACUCGAAACCAAAUACGAAUAUUAUCAACCCAAGAUAGAUCAGAAAUUUUUGGAGGCGCAACAGAUGGCGGAACCGAUGAAAGACGAUUGGCGAGUUGAGGAUCGCCUGGGAAUUCUCAGGGAACAAUGGAACGAAUUAAAUGAGGUCGCUUUGGCUAAGAAGGAAGAUCUAAAACGCCUCCUGUCCGGACAAAAGAUAUCAAGGACGAGACAUGGGCGUUCCAACUCUCAAAUAAUCACAGGUAGUAAAGCAUUUUCCUCCAUAAAAUCCAGUCGUUCAUCAACUAGACCCCCCUCCAGAAACACCCUUACCCCCAAAACAUCGUCGUCAUCACUAAGGACAGGCAGGUAUCGAACACCGGGAUCACGACCCGGGUCGGAAACACCAACGGGGCGUACACCAAGUCCAGGCGGUACUCCGGGAUCGCCGAGGCGCCCACCGAUUAGAUUACUACCACAUUCAGUAAACCAUUAUGUCCCGGAUCCAGAUAACCAACUCGAUGUCGAAGUUGCUCGGAUAGUGAAUGCCUGCCCGGUGAAGAUCAAAGUUUCCAUGGUUGAAGGUGAACCCGGGAAGUACAUGUUUGGUGAAGUAGAACCGAAACUCUGUUAUUGCCGAAUCCUGAGAAGUCGCAUGGUCAUGGUUCGGGUCGGAGGAGGUUGGGCCGAGUUGUCAAAGUACGUACCGUUAAUUCGGAAUAUUGCGUAA